CCAGAGAGAGAAGGAGAGCAGGAGAGUGAGAGAAAUCAUGCGCCGCAGCGCUUCGUUUUCUUCCACUUUGGUUUCGCGCUCGGCUGGAUGUCACUGCCUUUACGCGCGGAGCUCCUCUUCCUCUGAAUUACUCUUCUACCUUCUUUCUGUCGUGGUGGUAAUACCGGCUUCAUUGGGACAAACCUGGAUUAGUGGACCGACAGAUUUCGGAUUCUGACCGAGGCGGCGCAGUCCGAGGAAAAUGACUGGGGACAAACUUCACAGAGUCAGAAUGGACGUCCCUGCCAUCAUUUUGCUCAUCCACCUGACACAAACUCACAUCAAAGUGUCUGAGGCCAGCAAGGGGGGAGAAGAAGCUCCAUGUCCACUGGGUCAUUUCCCGUGUGGGAAUAUGAGCGUGUGUCUGCCUCAGGCUCUGCACUGCAACGGACACAACGACUGUCCCAACAAAGCUGACGAGUUACUCUGCGGUGACAACAUUGGACUUGCAGACUUAAUCAGUGAAAAACUAAGAAACAGACCUGUUGUCUCUGAACCAGUCACCCAGAAUGAAUGUUUCCUACAGGAGUAUCCAGAGAGAUGUGACUGCACCCAGACAGACGUUGAAUGUGUGAAGGUCGGCCUUCAGGAAGUGCCUGUGCUCUCCCCCAACGUUACGUGGCUGUCUCUUAAGAACAAUAAAAUCCAAAGACUGCCUGAUUUUGUUUUUUCGGAGUACAACGCCCUCGAGAGAUUAUUUCUUCAAAACAACAGCCUCCAGUUUGUGUCUAAGCAUGCAUUCAGUGGCCUGCACAGUCUGAAGAAGCUGUUUCUCAGUGAGAACUUAAUAUCUUCGCUUAGCCCCGGUGUAUUCAGGGAUCUGAAUCAGCUGGAGUGGCUAAUGUUGGAUCAUAAUCCUUUGGGUGGCUUGUCCCCGGACACCUUUAUUGGACUCCAUUCUCUAAUGUACCUAUCCAUGGUGCACACUUCCCUGCAGCAGCUCCCUCAUCCUAGCUUCUGUCAGCACAUGCCAGCCUUGGAUUAUCUGGAUCUGGAGGGAAAUCACAUUGAGACUCUUAACUAUUCCAUCCUAAAGACAUGCAGCAAACUCGAAGUUUUAUUACUGAUGGACAACAAGAUUAGAAGAGUUCCUGAAAACACAUUUCAGUCUUUGUGGAAGCUGGCUGAACUUAACCUUUCCAGCAACAGAAUAAAGGAGCUACCAAAGAAUACAUUUAAGAACCUCUCCAAGUCCCUCUUAAAACUGAAUAUAUCCUACAACACCCUUCUUCGGAUUCACCCAGCCCACUUCAGCCACCUGACACACCUUCAGUCCCUAGCAGUGGAAGGAAUUGAGAUCCCAGAUAUUCAGACGAAGAUGUUUCUUCCAAUGAGGAACUUGUCUCACAUCUACUUCAAAGUGUUCCAGUACUGCUCUUAUGCUCCUCAUGUCAGAUCCUGCAAACCCAACACUGACGGCAUCUCGUCAUUUGAGGACCUGCUGGCUAACAUGGUGCUUCGUGUGUCCGUCUGGGUCAUGGCUUUUAUUACAUGCUUUGGCAAUCUGCUUGUCAUUGGCAUGAGAUCACUGAUUCGUGCAGAAAACAACCUGCAUGCUGUCUGCAUCAAAGUCCUUUGCUGUGCGGACUGCCUCAUGGGUGUCUACCUGUUUUUCGUCGGGGUGUUUGAUGUAAAAUUCCGCGGGCAGUACAACAGAAAUGCCCUGCAGUGGAUGGAAAGCGUGGAGUGUCGCACUAUUGGAUUCCUCGCCAUGCUUUCAUCUGAGGUGUCUGUUCUCCUCCUGACUUACCUGACUCUAGAGAAAUUUCUGGUCAUUGUCUUUCCGUUCAGCAACCUACGCCCAGGCAAACUUCAGACAGUAGUGAUCCUGUCUUCCAUAUGGCUGAUGGGAUUCAUUAUAGCAGCUGUGCCUCUUAUGAACGAGGAGAUCUUUGGGAACUACUAUGGACGCAAUGGGGUUUGCUUUCCUCUACACUCUGACAGACAAGAAAAGCCAACAGCCAAAGGCUAUUCCACAGGAAUUUUUCUGGGGUUAAACCUGGUGGCCUUUUUGGUGAUAACCAUGUCCUACUCCAGCAUGUUCUACAACAUUUACAAAACCGGCAUCAACGCCACAGACUUGCGGAGCAGACUACACAAAGAUGUUGCUGUGGCCAACAGGUUUUUCUUCAUCGUGUUCUCUGAUGCCCUCUGCUGGAUUCCUAUAUUUUUGGUGAAAGUUCUCUCACUGUUGGAGGUGGAGAUACCUGGAACCAUCUCCAGCUGGGUUGUGAUCUUUGUCCUUCCAAUCAACAGUGCCUUAAAUCCCAUCUUAUACACACUAACAACAAGUUUCUUCAGAGAACAGGUGGAGGUUUUGUUAUGCCGGUGGCAGAGGAGACAUACACUGAAAAAAGACCGUAAAAGCCUCACCUCCUCCACCAUUUUUAUGGAAACGUCGAGGCCGCCUUGCUGCCAGCCGCCAUCCUACCUUCAGCGGGUGUCGCUGAUCGGCGGAGAUCCGCGAUACGCCUAGUAAUAAAGCACUUUUUCGGAUGGUGUUGCUUUGUACUCUAUGGGUAACGGGCCUGACUCCUGAUGCCUUCAAAGGCUCUCACUCGACAGCAGCACUGUUUUAAGGGACCGGCUUUUAUGAGGAAAAAUGUGACAGUCACGGUAGAGUUUCAUCAUGCUCCCCCCCCCCCCCCCCCCCCAAGUCAAAUGCACCUGCAGCACCUUUGACCUUUGUGGUCACCUCAAGAAAUGAAGCAUGUGGUUAAGGUGCCGGUUCAAAAUGGAAUCUGUGCACUUCACAGCUGCCUGUGUUCUUGCAUGAACACAUGGCCACGUUUUCUCGUUUUUAGGACAAAGAAACCUUGGAAUUGAACUCUACAGAGAUAAAACUGAUAACGCAAGACUGAAUAAUUGUGUCAAAUGAAAAACUUCUUAAAAUGCUGUUAAAGAACCUGAGCAGUACUGUUCCAAAGGUAGGUACUUGAUCUCUGGAGCGUGGACGUGAAAGAUGAGCACCCUAAAAUCUUUUUUAUGUCACAGACACUGUUUUUAUGGUGAGACUAAAGACGACAAAGAGAUGCUCAAAAAAACAAAAAAAAAAAAUCAUGGGGUCAAACAGUUUAAGAUGUAGCACCACUGCUUGGUUCAUGGAAUGCUGGACUUAUAUAAACGAAAAUGAAAAUCAGCUUUGUAACUUUGCUUUUGUUUACUGCACAGGAAAACCAAACUUGGCAAAAUUAAUGUUUUUUAUCCUUGUUUUUAACAAUUUAACCAUAAAGACUUUUUAAAAUUCAAUGUCUAAUAAAUAUUUAAAAAGAAAAUUAUUUAAGCAAUGCAUAAAAGGAAAAUCCAAGAUUUGUUUUUUUCAACCAUGCUUCCAUUUCUAUUUAUCAUUUUUUUCAUACUUCAUUGCUCUGAAACUAUAUAAUUACUUUUUUUACUUUUUCAAUGCACAAAUGUGUUGUUUAUGUGUACUGCAAAGAGAUCAUUUUGAUAAAGAGUCCUGAGAAAUGGUUAUUGAAAUCUAGCAAAUGUAUCUUCUGUUUCAUUUCAUCCUUAUAUACUGUGGUGUUACCCUUGCCUUUGGGCUUCACACCCAACAGGCUUUGCAGUUGCUAUGGGCGUGGUCUGAUUCUGUGUUUAUAUAUAAGAUGAUUUGCCCGCCUUAUUUUCUGUUGGCAUUUGAGUGAAUAAAGAAAGCUUCACAUUCAAAAGUCAA